AUGUUAUCUGGAAGUGGACGCGGUAGAGGACGUGGAUCUGGAUCGAAUGCCAGUGGAGAAAAGAAUCAGGAGUACUACGGAACUAUUCAACCUGAUCUGUUUGUCCGUCAGGCAGGAGAGUCGAAGACCGGAACAUCUGGACGUGUCCAGAAAUGUUACGCCAACUUUAUCCCGAUCGAAAUGGAGAAGCCAGACUACUUCAUUUAUCAGUACCACGUCGAAUUUGAACCGACUGUCGACUCGAAGCAUGCUAGGUAUUGCUAGUGUUUUAUUUCACUCGUUAAGAAAUUAUUGCAGAGAGCAAAUGCUGCUGCACGAGAAUGUUGCUGCUGAAAUUGGAGAAUAUCACGUUUUCGACGGAAUGAUUCUUUAUAUCACUAAUGAGUGGGAUCAAAACGUGAUUUUAUGUUUCGAAUGGAAAAGUCUCAACUGCGGGUUUUCAGCAAACCAUUGAGGUUCCGCACCCGACCACAGGACAGCCCAUCGCUGUGAACUUCAAGUUCACGAAUCGCUUUCUCCUUGACAACGCACAAACCAUCAACAUUUUCAACACCAUCAUCCGUCGUUGCUUUGACGAAAUGAAUCUGACUCAGCUUGGGCGACACUAUUUCAAUUCGAGAGACGGACGACUUGUUCGCGAGUACAACAUGAGCAUCUUGCCUGGCUUUGAGACUGCCAUCCGCAUGUACGAAACUCAAUUGAUGUUGUGCGUUGAGAAUCGUUUCAAAAUGGUUCGAAGGGAUUCAAUGUACGACUUGGUGAGACAAAAUGUUGUCCAAAGAUUUCUGGUCGUUUUCAGAUUGCCAAGGAAAUGAGCACGUGCCAAAAUAAUCGGAUGCGUGUUCAAGAGAAAAUGAACGAGAUGUACGGUGGAAGCACUGUCAUCACCUUGUGGGUUCCAUUGUGCAAAAAUUGUUUGUAAAUCUCCUUUAGGUAUAAUAACAAGCUUCAUCGAUUCACCAGACUUGACUGGAGCAUCAAUCCUAUGACUGAAUUCGAGAAGGAUGGACAGUCUAUUACUCUCAAACAAUACUUCAAGACUCAGUACAACAAGGACAUUUUGAACGAUGACCAACCAAUCAUCGUAUGUGGCAGUAUUUACUUGUGGCUUUCUAAAACUUUAUUCCAGAUCUCUGAAGGAAAGCCGAAGCAGCCAGGAGAGCCGCCACAGGUCAACUACAUCGUCCCGGAACUGUGCUUUCCCACCGGUCUAACUGACGAGAUGAGAAAAGACUUCAAAAUGAUGAAAGAGAUUGCUUCUCACACCCGCUUGUCUCCACAGCAGCGUCUCGUCGAAACCCGAAAGCUUCUUACUCAAUUCCAUGAAAACGAAAAAGUUCGGGCUUGUCUUAGCUAUUGGGGAAUCCGCUUGGCGGAUGACCUUGCAAACGUGAAUGCUCGUGUUCUCCGGCCGGAGCCAUUGAUUGGACAAGGAACCAAGACAUAUGAAGGAAGAAAUGCCGAGUGGGCUCGCGGAGUCAAGGACAGCGGAAUCUACCGCGGUUCCGACAUGACUAACUGGAUCGUCGUUGGGCCGAACACUGGAAAUUCUGGAGUUCUUAUCAAGAAGUUCAUUGGUGAGAGUGAAGACAACUAAAAGGUUUAUUUUGCUUUUGUAGGCGAGGCUCAGCGUCUUGGAAAUUCUCUCAAGGUCAAAAUUGGAGAUCCUCUCCCGUGCCCAAUUGAUGGAAUCACUCCCAACGAUUAUUUGGAAGGUGUGAAGAAUGCAAUCAAGCAAGCUGGAAACGAAACCGUUCAUAUGCUCGUAGUCAUGCUUACCGAUGACAACAAAACCAGAUACGACAGUUUAAAGAAGUAUCUUUGUGUGGAAUGUCCAAUCCCGAAUCAAUGCGUUAAUCUACGCACUCUUGCUGGAAAGGCCAGUGACGGCGGAGAGAACAAGAACUUUGGUUCUAUUGUUUUAAAAAUCUUUCUUCAAAUGGUGUGCAAGACGGGAGGAGCUUUGUGGAAAGUUAACCUUCGAGUAGGUUUGAUUUUAGAAUGUUUUAUAUUAGUUGAGUACCAUUUCAGCUCAAAGAUACCAUGAUAGUUGGAUACGAUCUGUACCACGACUCCACCCUGAAAGGAAAAACUGUUGGAGCAUGUGUUUCUACCACAUCUGUUGACUUCACCAAGUUCUAUUCUCAGACAAGACCUCAUGAGAAUCCGACUCAGUUGGGUGGAAACCUCACUCAUUUUGUCAGAAGUAAUCACUAUCUGUAAAAUUAGUUCAUCUAAUUAAAACAUUUUACAGAAGCUCUCAAGCAGUAUUACAAUGAGAAUGGAAACAAUCUCCCUGGUCGAUUGAUCCUGUACAGAGAUGGUGCUGGGGACGGACAAAUUCCAUACAUCCGUAACACUGAAGUUAAGCUCGUUCGGGAUGCUUGUGAUCAGGUCACAGAGAGAGCCUCCAAGAUCAGUGGAAAGGAGCACAGUAAAAUUGAGCUCGCUUUCAUCAUUGUCACCAAGCGCGUCAACAUGCGUAUCUUGAAGUAAGAAGUAAAUUUUUAGUCAAUUCACGCAUGAUGUUUUUAUAGGCAAAGUGGAACGAACUCGGCUACCAACCCUGACCCAGGAACUGUCGUCGACACAACUGUCACUCGUCCGGAGAGAAUGGAUUUCUACUUGGUGCCGCAGUUCGUGAACCAAGGAACUGUUACUCCAGUUUCGUACAACAUCAUUUAUGACGACACUGACCUUGGACCAGAUAAGCAUCAGCAGAUUGCCUUCAAGCUCUGCCAUCUCUACUACAACUGGCAAGGAACAGUUCGCGUCCCAGCUCCGUGCCAGUAUGCCCACAAACUUGCCUUCUUGACAGCUCAGUCGCUCCACGGAGACUCAGCUGAGCAGUUGCGGGACAAGCUCUUCUUCUUGUAA